AGAAAAGAUUCAGACCUCCAAUUUACUGCUACUCCUAUCCGCACUCUAUCGCUCCACGUCAUACCUCUUCUUCCUUCCUGCUCCAAAGCGCUCGCUCACAGGAGCCUGCGAGAACCCAAUUACAAUCUUCAACAAUGGCUUCUUCAACCAUGUUGUCUUUCAAUUUGAGGCUUUGCCUUCUACACUUUCCUCCAACAGCUCGACUCUCUCAAGUUUCUGCUCAACUCUCGCCCUUGAAUAAGUUGAGCAACUCACUCAGACUGAGUUCCAGCAACAGCAUUUCUGGGUCUCUCUCGUUUUUGUCGAGAAAGCCCUCUACUAUCACUCCUUUAACUCAGAGGCUUCAAUCUCUUACAGUUACUGCUGCUAAGGGCUAUAAAAUGAAAACCCACAAGGCAUCAGCGAAAAGAUUCAGGGUGACUGGUAGAGGAAAAAUAGUUCGGAGGAGAGCUGGGAAGCAGCAUUUGCUGGCCAAGAAGAAUACCAAGAGGAAAUUACGACUCUCAAAAAUUGAAUUCUAAACUAAAAAUCUGGAAGAUGCUGGAGCAACAUAACUGCUCAGGACAAGUCGCUUGAAUGCAUGCAUACUUGCAUUGCAUAAACAGUAUCAUGAUUGUGUUUUUGUUUUGAAUUUGCUUUUAUGUAGCACCUGAAUGCAGAGUUACCAUGGAGACGUUGACAUAUGUGUUUAGGAUAACAACAUAAAAUAACAUCAUAUGUCAGAUUAUCUGUGAUUAGUGUUCAUCUCAUCUCAGUGCUUUUAAUACAAGAUUCCUUUUCAGUGCUGAUAUGACUGUUAACAAUCGGGUAGGGUGUUCACCUGUCAAUUUGAAUCAGUUUUGCUAAAUAAUUCCGAUUGAGCAGCAUAAUUCUUCAAAUUAGACUCUUACUAUUGUCCUUCAAAUUAUUUCUAAAAUCAGUUUGAUCCUUGUUCCAUCUUUUGGUCUUUAAAAUGUUCACAUCUCCAAACCAAAGCAAACUGUUAACCAAAUGGAACGACCAAAACUGAAAACUGAAUCACCAUUUCAACUGAGCGUAUUCUUUGCUGUUUAAACAUCAAUGGUUGUAUCACAUAUUUUCAGAUUUUAGAUCAUGAAUUUUGCUUCCACAAAGAAGUUUGAUCUCUUACUGUAAUUGUUUGUUAUUAUGUGCAGCACCCAGUUAGCCGGAGUGACUAUGACAAUGUGAUUGGUGCUUUGCCGUAUCU